ACGCCUGCGCUUACAUGACGCCCGUGAACAUGACGCCCUUUCCCAUCCUGCGCGCAGGCGGAAGUUUACUGUACUGGCUCAUCCGAUUCUCCAUGCUCAGAGUCUAAUCAAACAAUAAAAGACCAGUGGUAUCAGCAUCCGCCUCUAGUAUACCAUGACUGAACCGAGUCCGGCCCAGAAAAGCUCACAGCCAGGUCAAGAGAUGGCGUCAGUGAAACUGGAGGACUGCAGUCAAACACUGGAGCUCAAUGUGAUUGUGAAAAAAGAGGAAGAGGAGGAUGAGAGAAGAACCGAGGAAGAGAGCGGGGGAGUAGAACAGGAGAGGGAAGACGGUAACGUUGACUCGGUAGAUAUGGAAGAAGAGGAGGACCAGGAAGGAGGAGGUGUGGCCAACCCAGGACUUGUUACUGUUAAAAGAGAAGAAGAGGAGGAGGGGGUCAGAGAGGAGGAGGAUGGAGAGGAGGAGAUUGGGGACAGAGAGGAGGAGGAGGAGGAUGGAGAGGAGGAGGUUGGGGACAGAGAGGAGGAGGAUGGGGACAGGACCAACCCAGAAACAGGAGAGGGUGCCAGCUCAGACAAAGAGAGACCGUUCCUCUGCUCCCAGUGUGGUAAACGGUUCACUGCACCAAGCAGCCUGAAGACUCACCUGCAGAGACACAGCGGAGAGAAACCCCACCAGUGCUCCUUCUGUGGGAAGCGCUUCCUACGAUCCACAGACCUGAAGAGACACCAGAUGAUCCACAAAGCAGUCACCUCGGACAGACCGUACCGCUGUUCGGAGUGUGGCAAGACGUUCACCUCGCCGACCAGCCUGAGGAUCCACCUGAAGAUCCACAGCGAAGACAAACCCCACCAGUGUUCCGUCUGCGGGAAGCGUUUCCUGUGGCUGUGCGUUCUGAAGAGACACCAGGUGGUGCACAAAGGUGAGAGAAACAUCUCUCUGCUGGAAGACACGUCCUGUGUGGCUCGUUGGUAGAACGUGACCUUCGCAAGCCCCAGGAUUGUGUUCGGAAUGACAGUGCGGUGCAUCGUUCAAUUCAACGGAAACAGUACUGUCCGACUGGUUGUGAUUAUGGUGGCUCAGAGGACAGGUACCAUAGGGUGUGGUUAUAGAGGCUCAGAGGACAGUUACCAUAGGGUGUGGUUAUAGAGGCUCAGAGGACAGUUACCAUAGGGUGUGGUUAUAGAGGCUCAGAGGACAGUUACCAUAGGGUGUGGUUAUAGAGGCUCAGAGGACAGUUACCAUAGGGUGUGGUUAUAGAGGCUCAGAGGACAGUUACCAUAGGGUGUUUUAUAGAGGCUCAGAGGACAGUUACCAUAGGGUGUGGUUAUAGAGGCUCAGAGGACAGUUACCAAAUCAAAUCAAAUUUUAUU